GUUGACGCUAGUCCCCUAAUCGCCGCACGAAGCAGAGCACUUGCAACACCAGGGGCUCCUGCCACAACGACGGUUGUUUCCUCGUCUGCAACUGGAAGUGCAGUAGGUGCACCCUCAGGAAGAGGAGGAGGAGGUGUUAGAGCAGUUGGAGCUGUCUUGCAGAAGUCGCGCUAUCCUCAAGUGGGCACCAGUCCAGCCGCAUCGUCAUCAGCGAGGAGACCACUAGCCUAUAAUCAGGAACAGAAGUUGUACUUAGAUUUACGCUUUGCAUAUGAUCCUCUGAGAGUGGGCUUUGAGUCUAGAUGAAUCUCUAUCAGGAACUCUAACUUUCGUUGUUGUUGAAUUUCCUUUGAGGGUCGUCGCUUCUUUACCAUUCCUUCUUCAUCGUAGCCAUUUUGGCUCAAGCACUCUUUUUUGGAGGUCGAGACUGCAAAAUUGACCUGCCCAAUAUGAGGGUGGGGGUUUUCCGAAUUUGCAAAAUUUGAUGGCCGACUCGUCUUGUUUUGUGGCACUCUUCUUGGGUGCUCGAAAUUGCAAAAUUGAUCUGCCCAAAAUGAUGGUGGGAGUAUGCCGAAUUUGCUAAAAUUUAACUGUCAAAUUCUCAUCCACCACUUUUUUGGAGGUCGAAAUUGCAAAAUUGACCUGCCCAAAAAUAUCAGGAUGGACGGGGGUAUUUCCGAAUAAUUUGCAAAAUUUCAUAGCCUAUUCGCCUUGACGCACUCUUUCUGGGCGCUCGAAGUGGCAAAAUCAACAGACAACGCAGGAAUAGCUAAGAAAGAUAGUGAGAGACGCAUAUAAUGAGAGAAUGAUGAAAGGGCGAACGAGUAACGAGAAAGGUCAAGAUCGUUAAGGUGACGCGCUUAAGUGUAGAGAAGAGAGUGCGCGUUUGGUCUCGCGAGUAAAGUGCUACGAUAUGCUCUCGAAUUCAGCUCGAAGCCAGGCGUUUCUCUCGAGCUUUCUACUCUCUCGGCUUUUCCCCUUCCUCCUUGAUACACUUCAACAACAAUCCGCUCCAGCGACAAAUUUUGCUGUGAGUUAACUAGUGAGCUUAACCGCACGAGGGCAACUUAGUCUUCAGCCCUUUCUUUCUCGCCUUCAAGUGCGUGCUCGGCAAGAAAAUCGUUGGCAGGCGGGGGAUUUUCCCCGUACGCGCGAAGAGUAGAUUGUUGUAAUGUAGGGCUCAUCAUUAGGUCUGUGUAAUGGCGAGCCGUACCCAACGUCGCAGUAAAGCAAAUGCCCAGAGCUUCCUUUAAGGGUAGGUUAAAGGUGCUUUUCUUACCGCUUCGAGAUAAGGCAACAAUAAUGUACUUCACCUGCCGCUUCGAGAUAAGGUAACAAUAACCGUGGCGCUCUGCUCUGCCUUUGAGGUUGAAAAGUUAGAACCCGUCAGCCGGUUGAAUACUGCUCCUUUACCCCUAGGGUUCAUCAGUUUAAAAUCGGCGGGUUCGUAGGCAAUUAGUGCGCAGUAAUAUAAGGACGUAACCGGACUCCACCUGCCGCCGGUUUGCGAACUGAAUAAAACUGGGAUCACCCUGCCGGCGGUCUUGGCAUGCAAAAAGAAAAGGCCAGGGUGGAGCGCAUGAAUGAACCCAUCGUAGUUACACAUCGUACAGAUAAUACUAGAAGUGGGGGCAUAGGCAUAAAAUGUUUCCUCAAUCCUGAAAAUUCAGGACAUCCACCGCAAUAUCCGCAAAUACUGGCUCUUCCCCUCGUGCUGUAGGACGACGUGCAACUCGUGGCUCAUCGGUAGAGGAUCAACGUCAAGCGUCUGAUCAACGUCAAGCCUCUGAUCAACGUCAAGCGUCUGAUCAACGUCAAGCGUCUGAUCAGCGUCAAGCGUCUGCAAGAACCGGCACACAACUUCAGGACACUAUCGCUAUCGGUAUUAGUUCUGACGAACAACUUCUUAUAAGUUCUCAGCAACACGUAGAACAACAAGACCUCGUCCGACAACAAGGUCCUCGUGAGGUAGGAGAGCACCAGGAGAUGGCGGCGCCUAAUGGUUAAGGCUAGUUCUUCACUAUCCAGUGAUGAAGUGCCUCUUCAACUGAAGUGCCUCUUCAUCUGAAGUGCCUCUUCAUCUGAAGUGCCUCUUCAUCUGAAGUGCUGCUUCAUCUGAAGUGCCUCUACAUCUGAAGUGCCUCUUCAUCUGAAGUGCCUCUUCAUCUGAAGUGCCUCUGCAUCUGAAGUGCCUCUUCCUCUGAAGUGCCUCUUCAUCUAAAGGAGAAAAGAGGGCACCAGGCAUAGUGGAAAACUAGCGCUAAAAUGCAGGAAUCGAUGGGCCUCCAAAAGGCACAGGGGGACUUUUUCAAUGUGCCGUAUGUGGAGGGCUCGUGUAUGAGAGUCAGCUGGAGUAUCACAUGACGAGAUGCAAAGACCCUGAAGAGGAAGCAGCGGAGAAGGCAGCUGCAGAGAAAGCAGGUGCCCAGGCAGAUGGAGAUGCAAUGACUGGAAAGCAGGAGCAACAAGAAGUAGCAAGCACGUUAAAGGAACCAGUAGAAGGAGGAGUGAGAACUGAAUAUGAAGCGGGAUCUGCUAGAGGCCAAGUACUACAUAGUGAAGCUCCCUCACCAGGAGAUGGACAAGUCCUGUUACACCAGAGUUCGCAGGGGCAUAUUAAGCAGAUCAGUACUACUAGUAGUAAUAAUUGUGCUCCUUCUGGAGCUGAAGAAGGUUAUCAUGAUCUUCAUCAUGGUGAGAACAGGCAAGAAACUUCAACAACUCGCCCACCUCUCAUGUUACAACACCCGACGAAAAUAGUGAAGACCAGCAUCGUCGACGUAGUUGGAGGGUCUUCCUCUAGUAAAGGUGCUACUAAUUCUAAGAGCACUACUAAUUCUACUUCAAACAACAUGUCCUCAACACGAGGACCACCACCUGUGCGAUCAGAACUAAUAGACCCAAAUAACCUAUCUCCAGAACAAGAAAGGCAGCAUAAUCAAGAGUUGUCGAAUAUCGAGGACUUCUUGAUUGCUUCAACACAAAGCGCCAGUGGACCACGGUCAACGCAGAAAGUUCAGAGCCAGAAAGAUCAUACGCGUAGAAGGCUAUCGGAACAUCCUAUCGUAUCUGCAAGAGCCCAGGAAUCGAUGGCGGCUUCUGAGGGGCUUAGGUAUAUAGCUAUGAUUGAUCAUUUUUUGGACUAGUGAACAGUCUCACUCUAUCGACUUGCCCACAUCGCCUACAAUAACACCGUUAAUUUUUCAUCCAACCACCUCUUGUCCUGUAACUUCAGCGAUUUAUCCAACCACCUCUUGUCCUGUAACUUCAGUGAUCUAUCCGCCAGCAGAGGGCCACACGAUCCCUCAGCACUAA